AUGCCCAGCGUCAUCAAAGAACGGGAUGUCAGUAUAAUCCUAAGCUCUCAACAUGCCGUCUCAACUAACAGAAGGCCCAAGUUUGGUCCAGUUCCCAUCUCAGAAGAGACUCUUGCCGAGUACUAUCUCAACGUUCUGAAUGAGAUCGAAGAACAGUACCACAAGCUCCCCGAAGUAGCUAUACUAGAUUUUCAGUUCAAAACGAGCUCAGACGAAGUCCGCUUCGAGUUCCCCUUUGCUCUCAGUGCCACCGAACGGACCACCAAGGAGCAGAGGAAGGACACAUUUGCAACCAUAAUUCAUAUCAUGUCCAGCCAAACCGAGUGGGCAGGUUUGAACUUACAUAUGCGCUUGGAUUUCAAGAUUGAGUCUGGCCAGUAA